CAUUUGUAAUAACACCAACCGUUCGCCGCAUUUUCCAAACUGCUCGUCAGUUGCAUUUAUCAAUUAUUUCUACCCCGCUAUCAUUCGCAACUACUUGCCUCCUUCAAGUUCAGUUUCUUGGUAAUUGUUUUAUCGCUCAAGUAUCGAGCAAAUAAAAAAUGGACUAAAGUGAUUCUGUUUCACGGUUUAAUCGACUUUAACGGCCCGGAUGUGGCAGAUUGACAAUUGCAACCGCUCCUCAAAUUUGUGUUUCAAAAGAUUCUAUUGUAGGCCGUUCAUGACACUCAUUUUGAAACGAGCUACUUUUCGGCAAAUUCGUCAUAUUUUCAAUAGUGCCGUGAUGAUGUUGACUUAGUUGGUGCUCAAAAUUAGUUAUCAGACACAGGAUCAAGAUACUUUGCAGAUCAGCCAAACGUCCAUAAUGUCCAAAAAACAGUGGCUGGUGCUGCUGUGCCUUUACGGAAUGUAUCUGCUUGCUGGGGCGGCUAUUUUUUACUACAUCGAGGCGAAGGAGGAACACAAACGAGCCUCUCAAGAUCUCGAAGAAAGAAAAAAUCUCGAGGUUAUGAUAAGGGAGCAUUUCCAAGGAAAUUAUUCGGCAAGGAAAAACUUAUUUACCAGCUUAACUCAGUACUGUGGAAAACCUCUGGAUGUCAAUAUGAGCGAAGGACCAGUGGAGUAUAAGUGGGACUUUUACCAUUCGCUGUUUUUUGUGAUAACCGUUGUCAGUACCAUCGGCUAUGGAAAUCUGGCUCCUACCACACUCUUUACCAGGGUGUUUAUGAUUUUCUACGGUUUGGUCGGCAUCCCGAUGAAUGGUAUUGUUAUUUACACACUGGGAGACUUUUUUGGGCGGUCGUUCAAGAAGCUUCACCAAAGAUGGAAACACUCAAAACUGGAGGUCAAAUUGGACUACUACACGGCCAAUUUGGGUCUAAUUGGCCAAGUAAUCCUAUAUCUGGUACCGGGUUUCACGUUUUUUAUUUUUCUCCCUUCCACAAUCAUGACCGUGUUCGAAGGAUGGGACUAUGAUGUUUCGGUGUACUAUUCUUUCGUAUCGCUCACCACCAUUGGCUUUGGAGACUACGUGGCAGGUGUAACCGACACAUUCGGCUUUGGUCCUCUGUAUUCUGUCUACCAAGUGUUUCUGCUCAUAUGGAUCGUGGGAGGCAUGGGCUAUGUGGUCAUGAUUCUCAGCUUCAUCACCAACGGUAUGCGCAGCAAGCGCAUCAAGCAAAUCGAACACAUUUUGAGUGAAAAUAUAAAAAACACUCCAAGAAAAAUACGUAGCGAGCUACGAACGCUCCUGCACGAAAUGCUUUUUUUAAGAGUGAAGCCUGUGUACAAAGGUGAUUUUGAGUACGUGCCGUCCGAUAUCGAGCGCAGCCAAAGCUGUCCCGAGUUCACAAUGUACAAAAACGAAUCUCCCAUGACACGGAAGAGAGCAAUGUCCGAGUGCUAUCGUUCAGUGAACUUCCAACGGGUUCAGUCCGACAGUGACUUGAAUCGAAUCGACAAGGAAAAAACGUUCUUGUCUACCAACAAUCUCCUGGAACAAACGGAGCUGCUGUUCAAGGUCUGCAACGCUCUUAGUUGCGAAUCUCUUCAGACCCACGAAAGCGAGAAGGGAAUCCAUGGGUUUUCAGAUGCCAGCAUUCUGGCCAGUGAGUAUUGCGAUUCCAGUUCGGGCCAGUCCAAAAUGAAGCAACGCAGAGCUGUAAGCGAUGUGAGACCCCCGAGCAUGCUGCUUCAUGAAGCGGUCAACGGCAACACUUGGUAUGGGGCCGACGCAGAUCAAGCCAUCAAGCAGUACAAAACGCGACAGAGAGCAAAAUCCGUUUUCGAAUUCAAAAAACCCGACAGAGACAAUAUUUUCAAAAGGAUUCGCAACCGCUUGCUGUCAAGAGAUGAGCCGUACCAAGACAUUGAGAAGCAGGAGCUGCCUUCAAACAGUACAAUGAGCAACAUGCCAGAAAAGUCGUCGGCCAUGUACAUAAGGCGGGAAUCCCUAGUCGCUCCCGAUCAUGAGCAAAUUCUAGAGCAAACUUCAAUAGCAGCCUUCAUACGAGCUUUGUCAGCCGUAUCAGCUCCAGACACUCUCGAAGAAUCCACACCUCAAAGCUUCUCCCCGCGAGCUCGAAGACACGGAAUCAUGUUGUCUAACAGCAGAAGAGCAUCUUUGAUUCCGGAUUUGCAUUCUCGCGACUUAAGUGCCCAACGACGUUUUUCUCUGCGGCCAGUAGACGAAAGUCUUCUUAAAGAUAUCGCGAAGAGAAAAGACCCCAAGAGGAAAGUAUCUGUGGCGUUUCAACCCGAAAGUCGCAGGCACUCGCUGCGUCCUGACAUCGAGAACGCACCACAAACGUUAAAAGAACAUUACUCCUUUACUCCCAAGCUGCAAGGGCAUAGAAAAAUAUCCACUUCGUUAAUACCCAGCCAUUCCAGCUCUCCUCCCCUUUAUUCGAGUGUCCCUGUUGUUUCCCAACGUAAAUUUUCAGUGAAAGCCGUUAAUGUUCUAGUAAGUCCUGUACAAAAACAGCUGCAAAAACGCGACAAAGCAGACAGUGUAAGCAGCAACACCAAAAAUUGAAAAUCGUAGGUACCUACUGAAGCUUGCGUAUUUCCUUUCGGUUCCUGCAAGCUACAAAUAUGUUGAUGACUGUUAUAUUGGCAAAGAAUUAUUAUUUGAUGCGGUGCCACGAUUGGUUUUAAACAAACGCCUUUAAAGCGUUUUCAUCAAUAAAAACACGUCAGAUUUCGGUUCAUUUCGACAAAAAAAACCAAACAUCAGAUGUAAAAUGUCUUUCAAUUGAAAACCUAAUAUCAUACUGAACGAUACUCAAAUCGAACUACUCCCGUGAUUCUGUGAUCUAAAUAAAUAAGUGUUCUUGUUUUA